GAAGGCGCGCGCACACAGGUCGCCAGUCUCGCUACAGCCGCCAACCAACAGGACUCCAUGGCAAACUGAUGCGCAUCGCUAUUGGACGCAGCCAGGGUUGGACUCCAGCACCCCACUGCCGCCGCCUGUUACUCAAACGCAGGGAGCGCGUCUGGCCAGUCGCUCCUCGUUGCGCGCUGGAUAUGGAUCAGGACGCAGCGCGCCUCCCUGCUGUCUCCCGCGGACAGGCUGCACUCUGCGGCGCGUAAAAAAACACAAAAGGUGCCCAAAUGAACCACCGCCCUCCCGGCCACUCUGGCGUGCAAUGGCUUAACAGGAGAGACAUGAGUGUCCGGACGGAGGACAGCAUCACCUUGUGCCAAAGGGCUCUCCAAAUCGUUACGGAACUUUGUCUCACGGGACACGUGGACCGGGAGAAAUGUUCGGAUAUAUUCCCCCUGGAGAGCACCAUACCAGGUAAAGGACACGCAGACAUCUCUAUUAGUCUCCUUGCUGUGGUCGUGGGUUUCUGUGGCCUCGCCCUGUUGGUAGUCUCUCUCUUUGUCUUUUGGAAGCUGUGCUGGCCCAUUUGGAGGAGCAAGGCUCUGUCGGCCCACGCCGAAAAUGGCCUGCAUGUGGGUUUCCCCGAGGCGCCGCCGCUCAGCUCCCCGCCGGUGUGUAAAGCUGCGGAGGUGGAGAAGAAGUACCCGCUGGAGGUGAAGGCAAACGGCAGGAGCACCGUCAAGCUCCUGGAGGCGGCCAUGAAGAUCAGCCAGACGUCUCCGGACAUCCCCGCCGAGGUGCAAACAGCCCUGAGGGAGAAGCUGAGCCAGCAGGCAAAGAUCCAGAGGCAGACCACGGAGCCCACCUCCUCCUCCAGGCACAAUUCAUUCCGCCGCCACCUGCCUCGUCAGAUGAAUGUCACCAGCGUCGACUUCAGCAUGGACACAGUGCCUCUCCGCCAGUCUUCUACAGUGAGCAUUGGAAGAAUAAAGCCUGAACUCUACAAGCAGAAAUCUGUGGACUCGGAGGAUGGGGCCAAAGAGCCCGUGGAGACUUGCGGAAAGCUCAGCUUCUCGCUGCGUUACGACUACGAGGAGCAAGCGUUGGUGGUGAGAAUCCUCAAGGCCUUGGACCUGCCUGCCAAAGACUUCACGGGCACCUCUGACCCAUACGUGAAGAUCUACCUGCUGCCGGAGAGGAAGAAGAAGUACCAGACGCGUGUCCACCGCAAGAACCUGAACCCCAUGUUCGACGAGACCUUCUGUUUCCCCGUGGUGUACGACGAGAUCUGCAACCGAAAGCUUCACUUCAGCGUCUACGACUUCGACCGCUUCACCAGCCACGAUAUGAUUGGCGAGGUGGUGGUGGACAACCUCUUUGAACUCUCUGAUCUUUCCAGGGAGGCCGUGGUGUGGAAGGAUAUUCACGCAGCAACUACGGAGAGUGUUGACCUGGGAGAGAUCAUGUACUCGCUGUGCUACCUCCCCACAGCAGGGAGAAUGACCCUGACAGUCAUCAAAUGCAGAAACCUCAAAGCCAUGGACAUCACAGGCUCCUCAGACCCUUAUGUGAAGGUUUACCUGAUAUGUGAUGGACGGAGGUUAAAGAAGCGAAAAACGACCACGAAGAAAAGCACGCUCAACCCCGUGUACAACGAGGCCAUCAUCUUCGACAUUCCCCCGGAGAACGUGGAACAAGUCAGUCUGUCCAUCAUGGUGAUGGAUUACGAUCGUGUUGGACACAACGAGGUGAUUGGUGUGUGUCGCACCGGGCCGGACGCUGAGGGUCUUGGACGAGAUCAUUGGAACGAAAUGUUGGCUUACCCGCGGAAACCCAUCACACACUGGCACGCUCUGGGAGAGUGGCCUGGAAGAGCAGCUAGCUUUGAGAGUCAAGGCUCGUGUCCUUCGCCCAAACCUCCGCAGACGCCCUGACGAUGGAAGGAAGCAGAAGUUUCUUUAGGUUUUGCUGAGAAGUUGUGUUGCCUAUGAGUCUCUUGUCAGCAUGUUGUAUGAAACUUUCAGACGCGUUUGUUACAUGUUACAAGGUUGUAUUGAAAUUGUUCUUUGCUGGAACUCGGGUCCUUCAAGUGCUCUACAGAGCUGGCUAUGCACAGCACUCACGGUCAUACACUUUGUUUGUGAAAUUCUCAGAAUAAUUUUGUUCGCCAAACAUUUACUCAGACCAAAUGAAUGGUAGAUAUCGCUGCAGAAAGUCCACAGUGAUUCUCUUGCAGCUGUUUCAACCUCAAACUUUUUUUUGGCCCCUAGACCUCUUCAGUGAGAUAGUAUUUUACUUUGAAAAGGCAGGAAGUUAAAGGGCUACACUGCUCAAUGCUGUAAAAACGAGAAAAUACAGUCAAUAACUCCAGUGAGUCCUGGUCCAGGUUUUGGCUGAGGAAUAACAAAACCAUAGAAAUAGAAUGAGAGUAGAAUGAACAUUCCCAUUCAAAUCAGCCGAACAGGAAUGUGUUGUAGCUGCCACCUUCAGUAUAAACCAGAGACUUGAACUUUAGCCACUGCUUUGAUGACUUGCAACUAGGGUUGCAAAUGGGUGGAACAUUUCUGGUAAUUUUUUGGCAAAUUUCCAGAAACAUUCCAUGGGAAGUUAAGCUGGGGAUUUUGGAAAUAUUAUUAUUUUUAAUGACAUUAUAACAGAUUUAUUUGUAAGUAGAAAUUUAUCAACAAAAACAUGAAAGUUGAGUUAAAUAUUACCCACCCCCCAACCCUACCCAUUCAAAAAGUAAGUAAAAAUCCCCCCCCCAAAAAA